CAAAAACACACCUCAUUCAUUCAAUUAAUUUUUAUAAGAAAGGAAACUAUUUGGGAAUUCAUGGUUUGAAUUCCUACAUAGAAUGCCCCUGGCUUUUGUAAACCCAGGAACUCCUCUAGAAGGCGCUUCUACCCAAGAUUAUGUUUACUGGAAGCAAAAGCGUGUUUUGUCUUUAGGGACUGCUUGCUCUGUCGCUAUUAUUGUAAAUAAUUAUGAGCAUUACCAGAGUAUUCAGCUUGAUAACGGUGUCUCUGCUAUAGCGUUUAAUCGUAGAGAUGCCGCGCUUGCUGUUGCAUAUUCGAAGUUUAUAGCUGUGUAUUUACCCGAUGAACAAUGGCAUUGGAAGCAUCAUAUAACGUACAAGGUGCCUGACGAAAGCUGUAUUAAGAGCCUAUCCUGGGGAUACAAUCUAGACCUUUUAGUUUGCACAAACGUAAACUUAAGCAUCCUAAAUUUUUCUGACGAGGAAGUCCGUGUACUGUGGUCCCUGGAUUCAGCGUCGGGAAUCCCUUUUGUUGGCUCAAGUUUAUCACCUGAUGCUUGUUACAUUGCCUCCAUCGAAAAUGAUAAUCCUCUGGCUAAAGUCUGGCUAAGGUCGUCUCCUCAAGGAACCGUAACAUCUUUAUAUGAUUAUAGUUAUCUUCCUCAUCCAGGACCUAUAAGGUUUUUCUCAUGGUCAAGACCGUUGCAUCCAGAUUCUAGUAGCUCCUUUCCUUUUUUUUGCACAAUUGGUUUUGAUCAGGUCCUGCGAAUAUGGCAAACUGGUAGUCGGUUUGGAUCCCAGCUCAUGCAUCUUUCUUGCUUUUUAAGUUUGAAGGAAUUCACUGAAGAAAACUCAGCACCCUUUUGUUUUUUCCUUGAAAGAGAUGAUUUUACUGCUGCUUUGGCUCAUGCCAUCAGUCGCUAUUCAGGCAAUUUGCCUGAUGAUCCUGUCCUUCCAAAGCUCGUCGCUCUGGCAAAUUCCCAUCCACAACUAUUCUUCAUUUUUUCUCAUACAAAAGUACAUGUGUUUUCUUUUCUCAUGGAUGAAAGUCACCUCACCACCGUGAACCUUGUUAGGAGUGUACCUGUUAAAUUUCCUCGUAAUGCAUUACCGCCACGUGGAUUUAUUCAGGUGUAUAGAACCAUAAAAGAAGAAAUAUACGAUUAUAAAUUUCUCAUUCAUUUUCAGGAUCAUGCCAAUGAGUAUGCAUUUAAAUUAUCAGAUAUAUUUUCAGAUGAGGAGUUUGCGUUAGUUACGACUCAAAUGUUCUAUGGGCAUAACGUUCCUAUAAAGGCGUUAGUGAGAACAUCAAACGGUCAUGGAAUUGCUUCUUGUGAUAACCAACGCGUUUGCAUGUUUCAAUCGUAUAUCUCUUGCGAUAGUCGUAGCUCAUUAGUUCAACGGUCUAAACUCCGUUUACAGGAAAAUGACUUUGUUUUACCAUUACAUGCUGGAGAAUAUGCAGCAGUUAUUAAUAACUCUACUAUAAAGCUCUGGCAUUGUGAUAAUGCCUUCGCUCCUUUAUUACUUUGUUCCUGUAGCAAAGUCCCUAACAGCGAAAUCAUUACAUUUUUUAUUUUGCCUGUACAAAAAAACCGUAUUUCCGUGCUAUGUGCAUUAACAAAAGGUGGUCAUGCUUGGUUUUAUAAUGUACUACUAGAAGCCUCUCAAAGCUCGAAACUCGAGUUUUUGGAUCGAGUAGCUUUUGCUCCUAAAAUCAAUACUGCUUCGGCGGUAGACGUUAUGGGAUGGUCCUCAACCUUAAGUCUCAGCAGUUUAGAGUCAUUCGAACGAGAAGUUUUUGUAUCAAUUUCUGAUGAUGGCCUACUUCAGACGUGGAUUGCGAAAGUUAUAGAGCCCUUCAAAGCAAGUAUUUCAGAGUUCUCUAGACUACAGACGAACAUCAAAUCCUCAAGCAUGGUUAAGGGAUCAACUUCGAGGAAAGUAGCAGUUGUUUCAGAUAAUCGGCUUCGCUUGUCUAUUUAUGAUACGAGAAGCUCACUGUUUACUUCUAAUGAAGAGUUUACCAAUGUCUUUAAUGAUUAUGGGCCGAUCAUUGAUUUAGAUUGGACUUCGACACCGAAUUCUCAUUCCAUCCUUGCAGUAGGCUUUCAACAUGAAGUUAUAUUACUAUGUCAAAAUCGUCGAUCUUAUAUUAGCGAUGCUCCUUGCUGGGUACCUAUUCGACGUUAUAGUUUGAGUAUGUAUACGAACAUGCUUAUUAGUGAUUCUUCGUGGCUAGAUAAUGGUACCUUGGUCACCGCUGCUGGAAAUAACCUAUUCUUUUUCAAAAACAAGAUCCCGAAUAAUAAAUCUUUACUGUUUCCUGCUUCUCUUAAGCGAUCGGCAAAUAAUAUCUUCGAUCUUGCUUAUCAACUGAAUGGUAUUUUACCAGUAUUUCACCCGCAGUUUUUACAGCAACUUUUGCUAAAAAACCAAGAGUUCUUGAUUAGAAAAAUUCUUCUUCUUUUCUAUAUUUGUUUAAAAAAUGAUUACCCUAUGCACUUUUUGUUGAAUAUGGACUGCUCUGAUUUUUACGAACAUAAUGACGAAAAAUUAAUGGAAAAAUUCUUUGAAGUAUUAACGACGUAUGCUAACGAAAUUCCAGUUGAGGCAGACUCUUUUGGAGAGAAGCCGUCUGUUUCCGAGGAUGUUACUACCUAUAUGAACGCUUUUAUGACACAUCUAUGCUUACUUUUAAAAAAUAAAAAGGUAGGAACUUUAACUCGGUCCUCACAGUUUUACCUACUCAAUGUUAUCGAGGCGUUUGACAAAGCGUAUCAUCUACGAGAGUCAUUAGAUCUGAAUGGUAGAAGAUUCUGUAUUAUGCUUAACCAAUAUGUAUUAAACAAAUAUCAACGCCGGUCUAAUCGUUUACCUACUCGUGAUAUUCUUUGGGGAUUUUAUAGUACCAACAAAAGUGUGUUGCUUGACUACACAGUAAAGGUUCAUGGAAAAACCUUGCUAUGGCCGGUUGUAGAGGAGUACGGUUUACCAUUCUGGUUAAAUCAACAAGCAUUAAUAAAUGUGUUUGGGGAAUUAUCCAGAAACCAUUAUAUCAACAACGGUGAACGUGAUCCCGAGAAAGUCAGUUUAUACCAUGUAGCGCUUGGGAAGGUGGCAGUUCUACGAAGCCUUUGGAGCUUGGCUAGCUGGCAUAAAGAAUCAGGACCUACUGUUAAAUUCCUUUCAAAUGACUUUACACAGAAGCGAUGGAAGGUAGCAGCAUCUAAGAAUGCGUUUGCACUUUUAAGUAAACAUCGUUACUUCUACGCGGCAGCAUUUUUCCUUUUAGCAGACAGUCCUUAUGAUGCGGCUAAAGUUUGCAUUCGUAAUUUGCGAUGUUUAUCACUAGCUGUGGCUGUUGUCCGAGUAUAUGAAGGAGAUGGUAAAACUUGCUUAAAACGGAUUAUCGAAGAGUUUGUCUUGCCAUCAGCAGCAUAUCAUAACGAUCGUUGGCUUACAAACUGGGGUUUUGCGAUGAUAAAUGAGAAGAUGAAAUCGGUACAAAGUCUGCUAGUCCCAGUACGAUCUCUUAUUGAAGUUGACAACGAUCUGAUCGAAUCAUUUGGAAUAAUAGGCGACUACCCCUUAGAGACAGAGACUACUGAAGAGAAUCAUGACAAAACCAAGAAUGAAUAUACAUCAGAUGAUCCUGCAUUAAUUCUACUAUACGAUUUUCUGAGAAGUGACUUAUUAAGAAAAGACCAAAUUCUGGAAUAUCGCUUUGUUCUCAAUAGCGCUCGAGUCUAUAAUGAGAUGGGCUGCGACCUAAUUGCUCUUGACUUGUUACGAAAUUGGAAAUUUGAAUUUCCGUCAAGUCUUCCUGCUCUAAAAUCAGCAAAGGAAGAAGCUACCGGGAAAGAAGAACCUUACGCAGUUCUUUCAGAAAAUAAAAACACCACCAUUAUGGGCCAAGAGAUUAAACCAGCGCCAACAGAAAUACCAGAAUUCGAUGAAUCGUUCUUCUUUUAAUAUAACCUUUUCAUUACUCUGGAACCUAAUUAAUAUCUGUUAAUUCAAAACAGAGUUUAUAUUUAUCUAUUCCUUAAAGCUACGCCUUCCUAAUAAACAGUUAUUUCUACUGAGUACCAUCAUAUGAGCAAUUUUGCGCGCAAAAAAAAUAUCAUUACUAAAAGU